AUGCUGCUGCUGGCCGACAUGGACGUGGUGAAUCAGCUGGUGGCCGGGGGUCAGUUCCGGGUGGUCAAGGAGCCCCUCGGCUUUGUGAAGGUGCUGCAAUGGGUCUUUGCCAUCUUCGCCUUUGCCACAUGCGGCAGUUACAGUGGGGAGCUCCAGCUGAGUGUGGACUGUGCCAACAAGACCAAGAGUGACCUCAACAUCGAGGUCGAAUUCGAGUACCCCUUCAGGCUGUACCAAGUGUACUUUGAGGCACCCACCUGCCAAGGAGACCCUAAAAAUAUCUUCCUCGUGGGGGACUACUCCUCAUCAGCUGAAUUCUUUGUCACCGUGGCCGUAUUUGCCUUCCUCUACUCCAUGGGGGCUCUGGCUACCUACAUCUUCCUGCAGAACAAGUACCGAGAGAACAACAAAGGGCCCAUGCUGGACUUUCUGGCCACGGCAGUGUUCGCCUUCAUGUGGCUGGUUAGCUCGUCGGCCUGGGCCAAGGGGCUGUCAGAUGUGAAGAUGGCCACGGACCCAGAGAACAUUAUCAAGGGGAUGCCUGUCUGCCACCAGACGGGGAAUACAUGCAAGGAACUGAGGGACCCUGUGACCUCUGGCCUCAACACCUCGGUGGUGUUUGGCUUCCUGAACCUGGUGCUCUGGGUCGGCAACCUAUGGUUCGUGUUCAAGGAGACAGGCUGGGCCGCCCCAUUCCUGCGCGCUCCUCCCGGCGCCCCCGAGAAGCAACCGGCGCCCGGGGAUGCCUACGGCGAGGCAGGCUACGGGCAGGGCCCCGGCGGGUACGGGCCCCAGGACUCCUACGGGCCCCAGGGCGGCUAUCAGCCUGACUACGGGCAGCCCGCCGGUGGCGGUGGCGGUGGCUACGGGCCUCAGGGCGACUACGGGCAGCAAGGCUAUGGCCCUCAGGGUGCGCCCACCUCCUUCUCCAAUCAGAUGUAGUCUGGUCAGUGCAGCCCGGGAGGACCCCGUUGGUAGGCAAGAGCUCAGGAGAAGGACUGCCCCCCAUUCCCAUCCCUACACCCCAGGUCUCCACCCCUCAAACCAGGAGACCCUUAACUGUCUUUGCUGUUUAUAUAUAUAUAUAUUAUAUAUAAAUAUCUAUUUAUCUGUCUGAGCCCUGCCCCCACUCCAUUUCCCUUACGCAUUAGGGACCCGAUCUUGCAUGGGCCCCUCUCUUACCCCUACCCCUUCCCCUUCAUCCUUCGGCCCCUCUCUGUUCCCUGGCCCUGUGCCCUGAGGUUGGGGGGCUCUGUAAGGGGGACAGGGAGGAGACAGAAGGCUGUGUGGGGAGGGUGGGUGUGAGUUCAGACUCUCUCCCCUCUCUCCCUCCCCUCCUCCCCAACUCGGGCCUUGAUUCCUCUAGCAAUGCCUGAACAGGGGCCAUUAGGGAAAAUUCAACCCUGAAGAGAGGAGAAAGGCAGAGACUGGGGGAGCUUGGGACCCAAGGUGGUCUUGGAGAGGACCUCUGGAGUGGACGGGGCUAGUAAGCAGAGGGGUUGGGUUCCAGACAUCCUGGAUCUGGAGUCUGAAGAAGAAGGGUGCCCUACAGCAUUCUAGAAUGGGGCUUAGAAGGAGGCUGAGGGUGUGGUCCUAGAAGGGGUGGAGCUUUGAGUGAGGCAGUGGGUGGGCCCACAGUGGGCAGGGGUUGGAGUAGGACAGGGUUCUACGGAAGGAGUGUGACUUGGGACCUGGACACUGGGUUUGGAAAAACGCUAAGGGCGUGGUUCUAGAAGGGGUGGGGCUUGAAGCAGGCAGUGGGUGAGGCCCCAGAGUGGGCGGGCCUUGGAUUGGGACCAGAAUCUAUGGAAGGGGUGUGGCUUGGAACACUCGAGAGACUGAGUUUGAUUCUAAAGGGGGCCAACCUUGGGCAAGGCAAGAAGUGGAGUUCAGGAAUGGGCCAAACUUGGAGUGAGGUCGUGGUCCGGGUUCUAGACAGUUCGGGGCUUAGAGUGGGGCGUGCAUGGUGGUUUCUGAAGGAGCAGCCCCGCCCCCGCAAAGGAGCAGUGAAGAAAAUAUGUUUUAAAGUGGGUGGGCUUGGCAGUGGGGAGGGCGAGGUGAGAGGCUUGGUCAGGAGC